AUGGUGGGGAUUGGUGUAAUUGUUAGGAACUCAGAAGGAGCUGUUAUGGCAUCCUUAUGUUCUUUGAUGGACCUGUUCCCAGAUCCACUUCUUGGUGAGGCCAUAGCAGCUCGAAGAGCCUCUUCCUUCUGUGCAGAUCUGGGUUUUCAGCAUGUCAUACUCGAAGGUGACUCCUUGCUGGUGGUGAAGGCAAUCCAAAACAAGGAAGAUAGUUGGAGUGAUUCUGGCCUUGUCGUUAGAGAUAUUAAGAUUUUGCUUUCUAAAUUCCUCUCUUGGUCUAUCUUACACGUCCAUAGGGAAGUUAAUGUAAUUGCACAUCACUUGGCAAAAUUUGCUCUUAGUUGCCAAGAGGAUUGCAUAAUGAUUGAGGACUGUCCCCCUUGUAUCAAGCAACUACUAUGA